AGAUAUGGCAUCUUUAAACACUUUGGAAACCAUGAACAGCAAUGGAAAAAAUUCCCAUAAUCCCAAUCACGAGUCAACAAACAUAAAUGAGGAGAAGCAGUCAUAUUCCGCACCGAAAGUUUCUCAAUCUAAUGGCGACGUUAAUGAAACGGUUAUAGCAAGUGAUGACGAAUACGCUAUUGAUGCUGACCCAAUCUCAUAUAGCACACCAUCCAUGCAAAGGGGUCGAAAAAGGAGAACAUUACAGAAAUCUAUCGUAAUAGGUACUUCAAGCAUCAAAAUCAGCCUUCCUGAACCCGAACGUACCGAAAUUGAAGCCAUGGAUGCGGUGAUUAAUCUUGAACUUUUUAGUAUCACUUGAUUGUGUAAAUAUAACCUCCCAUUACCCAAUUUCACCAUUACAUGAACCACUUCUAGUAUGGACUUGCACUAAACCAAUGGUUCAGGUUUACAACAGGUGCAUAACUACUAUUUGAUGGAAAACAAUGUUCCACAUUCAGACUUUAUUGUUAUGAACAAAUCUAAAGCCUUAUUUAUUGGAAUUUUGCUACAAUUUUAAUAUAACAGUACACAACAAAACAAAUUGGUCCAGAUUUACAAUAGUUUAUCCUAACUUAGUAUAUUACUAUGGUUGGU